AUGCCACAAAAAUCUUAUUUAUUAAAUCGAAAUCAAUCCCGAAUAUGUCGUCUGAAUGGGAUACUAGAGUCAAUGACUAUGCCCAACAAACCAGAAUUAUGUCAAUCGUUUUCAGAUCAUGUUAUCUACAGUGCUGAUAAAUUACCGCCGAAAGUUGAUUUUCGCUCGAGCAUGACAGCUGUCGAGGAUCAAUCAAAGCUUGGCAGUUGUGUAGCUAACACUCUUGCUGGAGCCUAUGAAUAUUUAUUAAAGAAAAAAAAUGGUCAAGAUAUCGAUGUAAGUCGUCUUUUCAUUUAUUAUAAUGCUCGUGCGAGUAAUGAUGAAUCAGGUGAUAUGACCGAUUCAGGUUGCUCGAUGACAGAGGCUAUUCAAGCAUUAGAACAAUAUGGAGUUUGUCUCGAAUCGAUAUGGCCUUAUGAUAUUGCAAACGUUAAUGUACGUCCAAGUCAAGAAGCCUAUCAAAGAGCUGAUGAAUUCAAAAUAACGGAAGCUUUGAAAGUUGAAAUUGAUAUUAAUCAAAUGAAAUCUUGUUUAGCCCAAGGUUUUCCAUUUGCUUUUGGAUUAAAAUUAUUUGCAUCAUUCGAUAAGGCAGCCAAAUCAGGUGUGGUACCCAUGCCAGACGGCAAUGAACAAAAUCGAGAAUCACACGGCAGUCAUGCUCUGCUAGCUGUUGGCUAUAGUGAUCAAUCAAACUCAUUUAUUGUUCGAAAUUCUUGGGGUAGAUACUGGGGAGAUAAUGGUUAUUGUUAUAUUCCAUAUGCAUAUAUGACGAAUCAAAAUCUGUGUUUUGAUGCAUGGACUGUUCGUCAAUUAGCAAGUGACGACUUUAGUCAAGACAAUUGGGAUUAUAAUGAUGCAGUUGAUUAUCAAAGCGUGGAUCAAGAGCCUUAUGAUGAUGAUGAUGAUUAUGAUAGUGGUCGAGCCAUUGCACAUAUGGAUGAUGACAACCUUAUUGAAGAUGCAAAAGAUUUUGCCGAAAACUUACUGGGAACAAUUAUGUCACUAGCGUUCUAA